GCAUGAGGAGGGCUCAAGUCAAGUGUGGCCUAGCUAGCUAUCGCCUCCCACCUAGCAAUUCACGUACUCCACCAUGGCCCCAGCCGUGAUGGCUUCUUCCGCCACCACCGUCGCGCCCUUCCAGGGGCUUAAGUCGACCACCGGCCUUCCCAUCAGCCGCCCCUCCGGCAGCGCCGGCCUCAGCAACGUCAGCAAUGGCGGAAGGAUCAGAUGCAUGCAGGUGUGGCCGAUUGAGGGCAUCAAGAAGUUCGAGACCCUGUCUUACUUGCCACCCCUCUCCACGGAGGCCCUCCUUAAGCAGGUCGACUACCUGAUCCGCUCCAAGUGGGUGCCCUGCCUUGAGUUCAGCAAGGUUGGCUUCGUCUUCCGUGAGCACAACAGCUCCCCAGGGUACUACGACGGUCGAUACUGGACAAUGUGGAAGCUUCCUAUGUUCGGGUGCACUGACGCCACGCAGGUGCUCAACGAGGUGGAGGAGGUCAAGAAGGAGUACCCUGACGCCUAUGUCCGCGUCAUUGGUUUCGACAACAUGCGCCAGGUGCAGUGCGUCAGCUUCAUUGCCUUCAGGCCACCAGGCUGCGAGGAAUCCGGCAAGGCCUAAAGUGCAAGUCCGAUAUACACUACAAGAAUCUUGUUAAUCCAUGACGGAUACAGUCUGUCAUGGAACAGUGCAAAACCGUCAAGGAGGGUUGUCCGUGACGGAUUUAUAAUCCGUCAUGUAUAUCGCGUCAUAAUUUGACAACUGUACCACCAUGACUGAUCCUGGCCGUCACCGAUCAGUCCCUAGGCCCGCCCAGGCCCGGUCCUCUAUGACAGACUAGUCCGUCAUGGAUUUGGAGACGCUAUACAAAAAUGGGCUUGACGUGGCAUCUA